GUGCCCAGCAGUGCCACCCUCCAGUGCCGCCCACCUGUGCCCAGCAGUGCCACCCACCUGUGCCACCCAUCAGUGCUGCCCAGCAGUGCCGCCAGUCAUCAGUGCCACCCAUCUGUACCCAUCAGUGCCGCUUAUCAGUGCCCAUCAUUGUUGCAUAUCAGUGGCAGCUCAUCAGUGCCGCCCAUCAGUGCCAGCUCAUCAGUGCCAGCUAAUCAGUGCUGCCUGUCAGUGCCCAUCAGUGCUGCCUAUCAGUGCCCAUCAGUGCUGCCUAUCAGUGCAGCCUCAUCAACGCACAUCAGUGAAGGAGAAAAAAUUACCUGUUUGCAAAAUGUUAUAAUAGAAACAAAGAAAAAAAAUUUUUUUUACAAAUGUUUGCUCUUUUUAUCUAUU